AUGUCCAGCUCCUUUGAAAAGUCCGUCAAGGGCGCAACCAAAAUUAAGAACGCGCCCCCCAAGACCAAAUAUAUCGAGCAUAUCCUCGUCGCCACCCACUCAGGCGAAGCGGGCAUAGCUGAAGUCAUCCGCGCCCUUCAGUAUCGCCUCCGAGAUGCAACAUGGACCGUUGUCUUCAAGAGUCUGAUCACCGUCCACCUCAUGAUCCGUGAGGGAUCUCCCAACGUCACCUUGGCCUACCUCAGUCAGAAUCGCAACGCCUUAGCUAUCUCCAACUUCACCGACGCCGUUACUCAGGGCAGGAAUAUUCGUCACUACGCCAAUUAUCUCUCUGAACGUUCGCGCGCAUAUCGUGAGACAAAGACCGAUUGGGUUGGCGCUCCAGAAUCCAGACUUGAACAGCUCAGUAUAGAUAAAGGUCUGCUACGACAGACGGAAAUUGUGCAGCGGCAACUUGCUGCACUCCUCAAAUGCGAUGUUCUGGACAACGAACCCGAAAAUGAAAUUACCAUCACUGUUUUCCGCCUCCUAGUCCUGGAUUUACUUGCCCUGUUCCAGGUUCUCAACCAGGGCUUGAUCAAUAUUCUGGGCCACUUCUUCGAGAUGUCCAAGACAGAUGCGGAGAGAGCGAUGGAGAUUUAUCGUACAUUCACCAGACAGACGGACUUCGUCGUAGCAUAUCUCAGCGUGGCGAGGCAGCACGAGCACCACACACAGGUUCAGGUUCCAAAGCUCAAGCAUGCACCUGUCCACCUUGGCCGCCAACUGGAAGAUUAUCUCAAGGAUCCCGAUUUCGAAAUCCAUCGCAGGCAGUACAUCGCUGAGCAGGAGGCAAAAGGCAAAAAGGUCACGACCAGCUCUCCCAGAUCGCCCAAGUCACCCAGGCCUGGAAAUCGUCUGCCGUCUCCAGCUUCAAACAACCCGUUCCCGAUCAAGAAAAGCCCAAGCCCGAAGCCGGCUGAGUCCAAGCAGCCAGCAGCACCUCAAGCAAACAAAGGCCCUGAUCCCGACUUGAUAGAUUUCUUCGGUUCAAUUGAGCAGAACCAGACGGCAAUGCCUAUCCAGACACCACCUCAACCCACCACGAACCCUUUCCCCCCGCAAAUGACCGGAUUCCAGCAGCCUGGGCCGAUGCCCAACCUGAACGCAAGCCCCUAUCAACAGCAGCAAGUGGGACCGCAACUUCAGCCAAACAUGACAGGCGCGGGCUUUGGGGGAUUCGGCCCUCAGCAGCAAGCUUUCCAACCGCAACAGGGAUUCCAACCCAGCUCUUUGGGGACCAUUCCUCAGAAUACAGUUGCAAACUUCCCUCAAAACCAGCCAGGCCUACAGCCACAGCCAAUGGUGCAACCAGCAGCGCUACAACCUAUCCCAACGGGGCAACAGAGCACAAACCCAUUCCGCCAGUCCAUGCUACCACAACAGACCGGCGUUCAGUCGAACAUGUCGCCCACUCUUUCAUCGCCUGGUUCUGGUGCUGGCACUCCGGCUCUGCAGCGCCAAUCGACGAAUCCAUUCGCAAGGUCUUCACCUCAACCUCAAUUCCAACCCCAGCAGCAAGCCGCUCCUUUGAUAGCUGCACCGACAGGCACCAACCCUUUUGCUCGCAACGCCGCACCUGCGCCUCAACCUCAGGAGCAACAGAGACCUGUAACUGCCGGUGGUGCUCUUUCUGGCGGCCUCAUGCCUCAGCCUACGGGUGUGACAAACCCCUUCCGCCAGAGCCAAUUUGUCAACCAUGCCACAGGCUUAGGAUGGCAGCAUAAUCAGCAACCGAUCGGCGGAGGCAUUGAUCAGCUCGCUACACAGCAGGUGUUCCCUCGUCCCUUACAACAGACCCCCUGGCAACAACAGUAG